GCCUUAUCCAUUUCAACCUUUCACAAGUUCUGCUUUAAACAUACUCCCACAUACACACUCUCAUGAAUCACAAAACUACAAAAUCAUUUUCAGUUUUCGAUAAACACAUCAACACGCGUCCCUGUACGUGGCGAUUCAACCUUCGCACGUGUCAGACAUUGAAAUUUCCAAAACCAUACUCACCCACACAAUCCUAGAUUUUUUCUCAAGUCCAAUACCUCAAUUCGCCUAUAAAAACAUCAGGUUUCAUUUCAUCAAUCACAAAACAAACCUCUUAGACAAUAACAACAAUCUUAAACCAAAAACUUCACCUUGUUUUAUUUAGUUUGUUUGUGAAGAAUAACAAUAACAAUGUCUCAGUAUCAAAACCAAUAUGGUGCUCAAACAGGUAUGACCGACGAAUAUGGAAACCCAGUGAACCAAGUUGAUCAAUAUGGCAACCCUAUUAGUGGCGGUGGUGGGUUAACUGGUGAAGCCGGUAGACAGCAUUAUGGAACUACCGGUGGUGCUACUGGUCAGGGUCAUGGUCAUGGUCAACAACAUCGCGGAGUUGAUCAAACCACAGGGUAUGGGACUCAUACAGGUGGUGUGGGUGGUUAUGGAACCAAGCCUGAGUAUGGAAGCACCAACACUGGAAGUGGUUAUGGUACAGGAACAGGGUACGGUGGAAGUGGAACCAAUCCUGAGUAUGGAAGCACCAACACUGGAAGUGGUUAUGGUACAGGAACAGGGUACGGUGGAAGUGGAACCACUGAGUAUGUGAGAGAGGAGCAUCAUGGAGAUAAGAAAGGGGUUAUGGACAAGAUUAAGGAAAAGAUUCCUGGUACUGAACAAUCAAGAACCCAUACUGAUGGAACAGGGUAUGGAUCAACUGGUUAUGGAGCUAGUGGUGGUGGAAUUGGAAACACUGGUCAAGAGUAUGUGAGAGAGGAGCGUCAUGUUCAUCCUGGAGAUAAGAAACAUGGAAGCGCUGGUCAAGAGUAUGUGAAAGAGGAGCGUCGUGGCAUUGGAAACACUGGUCAAGAGUAUGUGAGAGAGGAGCAUCGUGUUGAUCAUGGAGAGAAGAAAGGGAUUAUGGACAAGAUUAAGGAGAAGCUUCCUGGUACUGGAGGAUGUACUGGACACUAGAUCAUGAUUAGUAUCUGGUACUGGAGGAUGUCGACAGAGUACCUUUCUGGCAGUGGACACUAGAUCAUGAUCAUGAUUAAUAUCUAUAUAUGCAUAGGAUCGAUAAUAAAUAAACUUUUGGUUUUAGUAAUAUGUUUGUUUCAUGUGUGAUGUAAUAUAUAAAGUCGUUUCAAGGAUAUAUAAAUAUGAGGAGGUGGGUGUAUAAUAAUGGAUAUAUACAUGAAUACAAUAAUCCUUGUUUUAAAA